AUUUCACAUUUUCGAAAAAUUGAGAAUAAAUUGAAAAUCAACAUGAACAAGAAACUUUCUCCAGAAGAUGCGUUCUAUGAAAAUUUAACGUUAGGUUUGAUCAAAACCCUAUCAAAUGUGCCGCGAGUCUGUAAUGUGAAUUUGGAGCGCCGUCAGCCGCUUAAUCUAUGUCAGGUAGUCAACUGGGAGCAGCGACAUUGCGUUUAUCUUCCAGAGGACAUGAAGAAGUUCUAUUUGUCCACCGAUGGCUUCGUACUCAACUGGAGCUAUCAAUAUGCGCCUAGCGAUAUUCGUCGUGUGGGUUAUAUACACUUUCCCCACCUGCUGCAGGUAACGCUUUUGCGUGAGAACAUCGAGAACACGCACUCGGUGAGCAACUCGACAUCUUCGACCAGCACGGCGGCCACUUCAAGUACCGCACCCAAGGAUAAGAGCGACAAUGCACCGCCCAUCAUAAUGCCAAAGACGAAAAUCUUUGAGAUCAACAACAUCAAUGAGGUGGCCAAGGUCUGCAUGUUUUACGAGUCAACAAACUCGAACAAUCCGAGAUUUUAUUUACUGGAGCUGAACACGCUGAGCUGGCAGUUUUUGGCCGAAACAUUUAGCGAAUAUUUGCGCAUGGCCAUUGCACAUUUGGGUCUGCCUUAUUGGGAGCUGUGCUUUUCCAGCUUCGGCCUGCCCUCGUGGACAGAGCAACUUUUCUUGCUGCUCGCACCGCAUCUACUCGAGAAACACGAGCUGCGGCGUGGACGCAUUAUAAAUCCCGCUUGCGAGCAUCCGUACAACAUUAUUGAUCCGAAUAUCUUUCGGGGCAAGCCAAAGGGAUUGGCAAAGACGUUGGCAAACAGUAACAAGCCACAUAAGUGAGGGAAGUGUUGGAAUUCAGGUAGAAAAAACAA